AUGGUCCAGCACGGCAUCCCCAGUCCCCCCAGCACAGACCCGGCGCUCUUCCCGCCCGUGCGAAAAUGGGUUCCACAACAUCAAUCAUGGCCAUACGCACCAAAAGACUUUUUGCGCUUGGAUGAGACGGACGAUGGUGACUUUUACAACCAACCACGUUACGUCGCGCAUAUCGACGAGCAGGCUAUUGAACGUCUGACAAAGUACUUCGGCACCGUACUACCCCGGAACGGCAGCGUUCUCGACUUUUGUACUUCGUGGCAUUCGUGGUAUCCCGACGCGUAUGUCGAAGCUGUGAAGAGUAACGAGCUCGAGGUCUAUGGCAUCGGCAUGAGCAGGCCAGAAUUGGACCGGAAUUCGUUAUUUAAGAAUCAUCCUGCCCGUUCUUUCGUCGCGGAUUUGAACGAAACCCCGGAUGUACGAGCUCAUCUAUCAAAAGGAGGAGCAGAGCCCCCGCAGCUGCGCGCCGCAACUUGCACAGUGAGCAUCGAUUAUCUCGUCAAGCCCGUUGAGGUCCUACGUAGUCUACGGGAAUGCACGGUCGAAGGCGCCAAGGUCCAUCUAGUCAUCAGCAACCGGUGUUUUCCCACCAAGGCGGUGAGGAUAUGGCUGGAGUUGGAUACCGAGGAACGGCUACAGCUUGUGGGAAAUUACCUGCAUUUUGCUGGGUGGAAGGAUAUUGAGAUCAUUGACCUGUGCGCCAGAGAUGAGGAGGGAAAGAGGCUUACGGAUGAGAAUGGGAGGAUGUUGCAGGGACAGGGGAUGCUGGGGUUCCUGAGGUUGCGGCAUAUGGAUCCGCUUUGGGUGGUGCGCGGGACGAAAGAAAGGAAUGCUGAGAGCCGUUGCGAUGCGGUGAAUUAA